GCCACGACGUUAGCUAUGCGGAAGGGUCUGUGGGCGAGCCAGUCCGCCGGAGCGAGAGGGAGCCGAGAGGAGCCGCCGCGCCGAGAGGAGGAGGAACGAGCCGCCGCCGCCGCCGCCACCAUGGUCCCCCUGCCGGUCCCCGCAAGCGGGCCUCCGCCUCCCCACGCGCGGCUGCUGCUCUUGCCGGCGGCCGCCUCCUCCUCGGCAGCCGCGCCGCCCGCCCCCGGCGCGGCCUUGUCUCCGCCGCCGCGCAAGAGGCAGCGCCUGGCGCACCUCAGCCCCGAGGAGAAGGCGCUGCGCCGGAAGCUGAAGAACCGCGUGGCGGCGCAGAGCGCGCGGGACCGCAAGAAGGCGCGCAUGGGCGAGCUGGAGCGGCAGGCCGUCGAGCUGGAGGCGGAGAACCAGAAGCUGCUGGCCGAGAACCUGGCGCUUCGCGAGCGGACGCACAGCCUGGCGCGGGAGAACCGGGAGCUGCGCCUGCGCCUCGGGCUCCCCGCUCUGGAGGCGGCGGCGGCACCGCCCGCAGGAGCAGAAGGAGGGGCAGCACCGACGGCAGUAGCGCUCAAGGUGGAGAUGCUGGAGGAAGAUGGGGGGGAGAAGCCCGAGAGGGGCAGCACCACUGGGGCAACGGCCGGGUCCGCUGAGUCUGCAGCACUUAGACUACGUGUUCCUCUGCAGCAGGGACAGGCCCAGCAGCCGCUCGCCUUGGUGGUGGUGGCCUCCGCUUGGAUCCAGACAACUCUGAUUCUUCAGAUUCUGAGUCUGACCUCCUCUUGGGCAUUCUGGACAGCUUGGAUCCAGACUUGUUCCUGCACUAUGGAGGAAGUGCAGAACCAGCCUGUGUGGAGAAGUUGCACCAAGAAGCGAGUGGAGAAGCAGAUUCCUUACCAGCCUCCCCCAGUUCCUCUCUGGGGUCCACAACACCCAAGCUGGAGGCCAUUAAUGAACUGAUACGGUUUGACCAUGAGUAUACCAAACCCUUCUUCCUGGAGAUUGUGGCGGAGGGGGAGGGCCAAGCCAAUAUGCUAGUGAGAAUAGAGGAAGUUGUUCCUCCCUCCUCUGAAAGC